CCCUACAUCCCCCAGUACCGAGACAUCCGGCGGACGCAGAACGCGGAGGGCUUCUCCACCUACGUGUGCCUGGUGCUGCUGGUCGCCAACAUCUUGCGGAUACUUUUCUGGUUUGGAAGGCGUUUUGAAUCCCCCCUUUUGUGGCAAAGCAUUAUCAUGAUCAUUACUAUGUUACUGAUGCUGAAACUGUGCACUGAAGUACGUGUGUCCAACGAGCUAAACAUAAAACGCCGCUCUUUUGCAGCUGCAGAUAGUAAGGAUGAAGAAAUCAAAGCACCUCCCAAGAGAUCCUAUCUGGAUUUUGACUUGAACUAUUUUUGGCAUUGGAGCAAGUUUACAGACUACAUCCAGUGUGUCCUGACCUUCACUGGUGUGACCGGUUACAUCACUUACCUCUGGCUUGACUCCUCGCUCUUUGUGGAAAUGCUGGGCUUCCUUGCCGUGUUCACCGAGGCCAUGCUAGGCGUGCCGCAGCUCUACCGUAACCACCAGAACAGGUCCACAGAAGGAAUGAGGAGAAUGUCGGAGAACAGACCCCAAGUCCUGGAGGCGCUGCAGGGAGCAUGUAGCAGUCCAGCAAGGCUACGCAUAGGACUCAAGUUCAUAAACUACUUGCCUGGGUCUUGA